ACAUUGCAUUUACUGCACAGCUGUACAGCAUGUUUGAAAUAUACUAUAUAUCUGCUGCUUUUCUGGAUAUUAUUUUCUUUAUAUUUAAUACAAUCUACAGCUGAUUUAAGGCUUUUUCAACUGAAGGGAGCUUUAAUAUGUCCAUGUUCUUCAGGUGUGUUUGGUGCUGAAGCAAAUGAAAUGCUAUCAGUGUCAGUGAUGGAGGGAGAUUCUGUCACGCUAAACACUGAUGUUACUGAAGUUAAUGACGACAGGAUAGUGUGGAAAUUUGGAGCUGAAAAGUCUCUCAUAGCAAUGAUCAAAAGGAACAAACAAAACUCUACAUCUGAUGUUCUUGAUGGGAGAUUCAGAGACAGACUGAAGCUGGACAGACAGACUGGAUCUCUGACCAUCACAAACAUCACAACUCAACACACUGGACUCUAUGAAGUAAAUAUAAAUGGAGCGAAACGGUUAACAAAAACAUUCAAUGUUUCUGUCUAUGCUCGUCUUCCUGUUCCUGUCAUCUGCAAUAACUAUUCAGACUGUUCUUCAUCAUCAUCAUCAUCAUCAUCAUCAUCUUCAUCAGAGCAGAAUUGUUCAUUGUUGUGUUCAGUGGUGAAUGUGGGUCAUGUGACUCUCUCCUGGUACAAAGGAAACAGUUUAUUGUCCAGCAUCAGUGUGUCUGAUCUCAGCAUCAGUCUCUCUCUACCUCUGGAGGUGGAAUAUCAGGAGAAAAACAGCUACAGCUGUGUGAUCAACAAUCCCAUCAGAAACCAGACCACACAUCUGAACAUCAGCAAACUCUGUCACACAUGUUCAGGUACAGUAGAACUGAUAUAUGAGUGUUUAUUUACUGAGCUGAUCUCUGAUUUUGUUAUAGAUCAGACACAUUCACUAACACCAAUAAAUCAUUUUGUUCAUUACAGAUCAGAGCCUACCCAUGCUGUACAUAUUCGGAGUUUUGAAGAAGAGAUCACUUACGUUGAUCCAACAUUCCACAAGCGAAAACCCCAAUCGAAAGUUAAAGAGGAGGAUCACGUGGUGUAUGCACCCGUCACCAUGAGAUGA